AUGGCUGGGCUUGUAGGAUAUGCAAGCUCGGAUGAGGAAGGAGAAGAUGAACAGCCUCAAUUGCAAGAGGCAUCUCCUCAGGUACGAAGCAUUCUGGCCAACAUUAGAGCAGAAAACCCAGAAGAAACAUCAUCUUCACAAAAACAAGACGUUGAGAGACAAACAGAUGCAGCCACCAUAGGCCCCAUCCUCCCAGACGCAGUUCCUCUAGGCCCGUCCCUUCCACCCAUCGAUGCCUCCGUCACCACCCUUCCAGAACCCGAUGAGCCCAACGACUCACCAUCAUCACCCUAUUCUUCUAACCGCGGGCUGAUUCACCACCUUACCCUCCCCUCCGUACCCAACCUUGACAUUCCGCCUUCGCCACCGGGUUCACCUCCCCUUGAAGCCAACAAGAAAGUCGAACAGUUCCUACAACUCAAGAAGAAAGGCGUCCACUUUAACUCCAAACUCGAACAAUCCGCGGCAUUGAAAAAUCCUUCAUUGAUGGAUAAGCUGUUAGACUUUGUUGGCAUCGACGACGCGAGCCAGUAUGAAACGACGCUACCAAAGGAGCUGUGGGAUCCUAGGGGAUUUCCAGAGUGGGCAUUUAGGGACAGAUUGAGCAAAAGCAGAGAGAAAAUAGCAAAGGAGAAGGAAUCUGAGAGAGCUAGUGGUGGUCGAACAGCUGUCGAAUUUGUCCCCUCAAAUUCUUCGUCAGGCGGAGGACCAGCUGCCCGGCCUGGAGGGAUAACUUCAAGGGGCGAGAAGCGCAAGGGUGGUUGGAAAUAA